AUGUCUAAUUCGGUAUUUUCAGUUAUAUCGCGUUUUGUGGAGGAGUACAGGAGCAGCACACCGAAUAAGCUGAAGAUGAUCGACGCGUAUCUGCUGUACAUUCUGCUGACCGGAGUGUUCCAGUUCCUGUACUGUGUGCUGGUGGGAACGUUUCCCUUCAACAGCUUCUUAUCUGGAUUCAUUUCGUGUGUGGGAUCCUUCAUUCUGGCUGUCUGUCUUCGCAUCCAGAUCAACCCUCAGAAUAAAAGAGAUUUCCUGACCGUCUCUCCUGAGAGAGCCUUCGCUGAUUUCCUCUUCGCUCACACCGUUCUGCAUCUAGUGGUCGUCAAUUUUGUUGGCUGA